UUUCUACCUAUUUGUGACCAGCGUAUGCCUGUACCUAGAGAUUAGUCUGUCUGUACCCGGGAACCUUGGUCCAAACUCCAGACACUCUUUGGGUCGAUCCCGAACCAGCCAACCUAGACCUGGCCCAAUAGUUCAAUUAGGAACGACCCAUAACUGAGGAAAAAACCACAAUAAACCCAGCGAAACAAGGUCGCGCGGUUGACCUCAUUCCUCUCUGAAAGCUCAGCUAGCUGUUGCUGCUCCUCUCACGCCAAUAGGGAUUCGUCUUCCCAUUUGAGUUAAAGGGUACUUAAUGGAUUAUGAAGCAGAAGCUUUUGAGGAAAAGUUGACGUCUUUGCUUGGUCAGCUCCGAGCUGAAUGUGCCAUACUUGAAAGAGUGGUCUACAAGAACAAGAACCAGCAUAGACGUUCCUCCUACUUCCAGUACCUAAUGAAGGUCAGGAGGGAUUUGAGACUAUUACAAUCAACUAAGUUGGAGGAUAUUUUGAGCUGUUGUUUCCAAAGUAUCACUGGAAAGAGACCCAAGCAAAAAGUGCAUCUAUUAGAAAGUUUGAAGAGAAGAAAAUGUGAAAGCGGAAAAUAUAAUUUCAUGGAACGACUUCUUGGAGCGGCACGUCUUCUAUCACAGAUGGUUGAACCAAUGUUGAAGGCAGCUAUUCAGAUAUCUACAUUGCUGGCUCGAUCUUUUUUCAUGGGAUUUUCUUUGACCAUCUUAGCUUUGCUUGCACGACUUCGAGUUUUGGUUCAACAGAUUCUGCUUGAUGUUGUUUCAGUAUUCAACAUGGUUUCUUCUCUCUCCCAAAAGAAGCAAUCGGUCAAAAUAAAUCAUGAAGGAGUUGAGGUCUUUAGGGAGUUUUACCCUACGCAAGAGGAUUACAUCACUCUGGACUGCGUGUGGAAAACAGAUAAGUUUGAAUUGGUUGAGAGGACACAUAAGAGCCAGAUUACAAGUCCUGGUGUGGAUCUUUCUUUAGGGACAUCAUCUGUGCUUUAUAAAAGUAUUGACUCUUCCCUUGGAGAUGGGGAAAUUAUGUCCGAGAGUCCAGAUGCAAACCAUACUGUUGAGCACGAUCAAGUUCAGGUCAUGGAGAACAACAUUGAUCUUUUGUUUGGUCCAUCCGAUGGUGAUGAUGUAAAGCUGGUUGAACCUUGUGCGAAGGGUUCAAAUAUGGAAGACACUCCUAGCAAAGAGCUUUCCCAAGAAGUUUGCUUGCCACAAGUCCCUUCAAGUUCACAGGCAUCGAAGCUGAAGUCUGGACCAGUUAAAGUCGCAUUCAUACAAAUUAAAAAACCCAUAACAUCAUCCGCUAAUACAUCUGGAAUCCAUUCUAGAGAAACUGACAACGUUAGCCAGAAUAAGGAAGAUCCAUUGUUCAGCUUGCUUCCUAGUGCCAAUGUAAAACAUAAUCUCUUAUGAAUAGCUUUCUGCUUCAGUGUAUUCCUUGACAUGAAUGCCCAAGCAUCCAUCUUUAAAAGUUGUGUGGAGUAUCAGCAUCUCUCGGUAAGGCAA